UCCUCCUAAAACCCUCUCUAAUGGCAGAACGUCAUCUUCGUUCUAUGGUUCAGUAAACCAAAUUACCAAAAUACCCCUCGGGAAGUAUAGACUGUAUGCAGAGCUUAACACAUAUACAACAACAGCAGCAGUAGAUUGUCACAGUAGAGAUGCUGUUUCAGCAAAUCCACUGAUGAUAUACCUAAGAAAAUUCAAUUCUUGGCGAUUUCUAACAAUUCAAGAAUCAUCAACAACAUGCUUCUUGAAUUCUAAAACCCAAUAUCAAUUUUCUCAGUUUUCAUCGUCUUUUUGGAGACCCUUUUCGUUUUCACCUCAGUUUCAUCAAGAAGCAGAUGAAAUGAGGGCUCGGUGUACUAAGGUUUCAGCUGUGUGUGGGGUCCAAGGAAGGGCUGGACUACGAGGUUCUAUUGGGCUGUUUUCGCGGCUUGAAUCCGUGAUCUCGUGGUCAUAUGACAGAAGAAGCUUUAUCAAUUACUCCGAGGCUCCCCUUCAAGAAUUAGAUAAAAGAGCAGCUCGGUGCACUGAAGUUUCAUUUUUGUGUGGGGUCCAGGGAAGGGCCCCAGAAGGAUUGAUUGGGCUGUUUGGCAGAAGAAACUUUACCAGUAACUCUGAGGCUCUCCUUCAAGAAUCAGAUAAAAGGGCUGCCCGGUGUACUGCUCCCGCGAUGCGUGGGGUUCACGAAAGAAACUUUACUAGUCACUCCGAGCCCCUUCAAGAAUCAGAUAAAAGGGAAGCCCGGUGUUCAUUUACGUGUGGGGUUCACGAAAGGGUCGAACCACAAGUAUCUAUUGGGUUGUUUGGCAGAAGAAGCUUUACCAGUAACUCCGAGGCUCUCCUUCAAGAAUCAGAUAGUGUAGCCAAGAAAGUAGCAAAGAAACCAUUGGGUGUUUUCUUUCAAGAAGCUGUUGGUCUAUUAGAAAAGUCUGAACAAUCAGAAAGUGAGGAUGAAACUGAAAACAAAGAAGUGAAGUGUAAAUUGAGAAAAUUGGAGGAAGAAGUGAGGAUUUUGCGUGAAAAACGGAAGAAUGAAAAAUCAAGAAAUGGUAAUGGGGUGUUAGGAAACGAGGGAAAGAGUAAGAAAUUACAUGAAUUGUUUAUGAAUGAGGAGGGUAAGAGUGUGAAAUCAAGAAAGUCGAGGCCGUUGAGUAUGGAGGAUCAUACUGUGUACAAAGAGCUUUCACCUGAUUUGGUAAUGUUUGUGACUCAUUUAUAUAAGGAAGGGUACUUUAAAGAUUCAAACUUUUUGCCUAGAAAGAGGUUUGAUAUUACGUGCUUCGAGAAUAGCUAUGCUCGUGAUUUUGUAAAGUGUGCAGCUGAGCAGUUUGGCAGAGAUCAUCAAGAGAUUGCUAAAUGGUUGUCUGGCAGUGACUUGAAAAAGGUGGCCGUUUUUGGUUGCCCGUCUAUUGCAAAGAAGACCGUAUUUUCUGCUAAGAGGUUGCGUUCAUAUUUCAGAAUUCAAGAAGAUAACGUAUGCAGCAAAUGUACCUUAAAAGCAUCAUGCAAGUUUGUGAAUCAGAAUGUCCCGAAAAGCGAUAUGACCAAUUUACACUUGGUCGUUGUAAUGAGGGUCAUUACUCUUUACGCGCUGGAAUCAGUUCCUCCCCAGUUAGUAGUACCGGAUGAAAUAAAGGCUUCCGUCAGUCGGUUGCUGAUGGACAUUUUGAGACUUAGUCGAACUGUGUCUUAACGCUUCUUCAGAAUCCGAUGUGUUGAUCAGCAUACAGGUAAAUCGGUCUGGUUGUCAGCGAUGUGCUACAUUCCGACAUGAUCAGCAUACAGGUAAAUUGUCAUUGCUUAUUCACGACUACUAAGUGUCGAUGGUAAUGAAUCCACGUGCCAAGAUGGGCAGUCGGGUGGUUGAAUCUCUGGUUAACAGUGGAACCUUAGUUGGUAGAGGUGAUCGAAGUCAAUUGCUCUUCGAUAUCUUUCUUGAUCCUCCAAGACCUGAGAUUUCGCUCGACUUUGCAGAAGAUGUAACGGAUAACCAAAGUGUAUCGAAGUCAAAUGUCUGUGUACGCAAGAUGUAUAUCAAAGCGUCUCGCCAUGAAUGUAAAAUUUGCUAACAAUUAUACUUCUGAUGCAUUCUGAAUUAUCCAAAUAUGCUUUGGAACAUGUAUAUGGAUGUGCUUCACCUUCUUGUGUAGAACUUCUAUUCCAUAGGUGCUCGGACUCUUCAAAAAUGCUGACAGGCACGUGUCGGAUUCUCCAAAAAUAGUGUGUUUUUGGAGGACCCGACACGGGUGCGGCAACAUUUUUGGAGAGUCCGAGCAACUUAGCCGAGUUUUAUAGGUGCUAUUAGCUACUUGAAUGAACUUGAUUUGAAGUGUUGAAGAGGCAUCUCAUAUUCCAUGCCAA